UCCGCAUACUUCGUUUCUGGUGAGGAAGUUGUCCGUUCAAAACAAAUGUUAGCACGCCGCUGAAAUAUUUUGCAACUUUCAAUGAAUUUUUCUUUUAUUUAAAUUCUGGAAGUGUUGUAAAUAGCAGUCACCAUCCCGUGUAUCCAUGGAGACGCCAGAGCCGGGCCCAGCAGAUGGAGAGGAGCGUCUGGUGGAGCUGCGACCUCGGACACGCUCCAACCCUGAGGGUGCCGAGGACCGUCGCAGCAGCACGGGCAGCCUCGGAGGCAACAGUAACCCAAACAUAUCCCAGCCUGCGGUGGGAAGUCGAGUGGAGGGAGAGGGUGAGGCCUCGACCAGCGACAGCCCUCCGAGUUCCACCACCACCACGGUGUCAGCAUCCACAGCUCAGACUGUAGCCCCUGCUGCUGCUGCAGGUGUUACGGCUGCAGCCAGCGCCACAGUACCGCUGUCCACUGCCGCUGUGGCAGCCAAAGAGCGGCCGAAGCCCACACAGCAGCAGCAGCCCACACUCACAGCCUCCGUCCCUCCGCCAGCAGAGUACCAGCUCAGAGUUCCUCGUGUCAACUGCCCAGAGAAAGUGAUUAUCUGCUUAGAUCUUUCUGAAGAGAUGUCUUUGCCAAAGUUGGAGUCUUUCAAUGGAUCUAAAACAAAUGCUUUAAACAUAUCCCAGAAGAUGAUCGAGAUGUUUGUCAGAACAAAACACAAGAUUGACAAACGGCAUGAGUUUGCUCUGGUUGUCGUCAACGAUGAUGCCCUGUGGCUGUCAGGCUUCACGUCUGAUCCCAGAGAGUUGUGCAGCUGUUUGUAUGACCUGGAGACCAAUGUAUGUGAAUCCUUCAACCUGGAGGAUCUCCUUAAUGUCAUUCGUCAGAAGAUCGACUUGCCGCUAAUGGACAAUGUUCAGACGAUCCCACCUCCAUAUGUGGUUCGGACUGUGCUCAUCUACAGCCGCCAUACAGGACAGCUACAGUUUAACCCUUCUGAGGCUGUUAGUAAAAUGCUGCAGUCUCCAUAUUUUUUCUUCGAUGUUGUCUAUUUGCACAAUGGAGUAGAGGAGCAAGUGGAUGAGACCAGCUGGAGGGACAACUACACCUCUUUCUGUAACCUGGACUCAAAGGGCAUGUGCUAUCGCUUUGAGGUUUCCCUGAGUGGACCUGCCAUCGAGCUGCACAACUGCAUGGCCAAACUCCUGGCCCAUCCUCUACAAAGACCUUUCCAGAGUCAUGCAUCGUACAGCCUGCUGGAGGGGGAAGACCCCCAGGACAUUGAAGCAACGGUCUAAACUGAGAUGCUCUCAAAAAGCUCCACUUUCCUGUGAAAUCCACACACACUGUAGUUUAUCAGAAAAGGGGCAGAGUUCUUUUCAAGUAUACGUUAUUACUGUUUUUUUCCAUUAGCUGCUGUAGAGCACUAGAUCAAGAAUAUUUGGGAACACCAGACACAAUUCUAAAGAAAAAGGAGGGUUAAAGUAAGUGACUAAAUGCACAGUCAUUGUGUUUCCAGAACAAAAAGGAUGAGUCAGUGAUUGUUCUGAGCCGAGGAAGUAAUAAAAUGAUCCAGUUGUAGCGGUAAACUUGUUGGAGGUCUCUGGAAUAUUGAAGGCUGACUCAAUUGCUGCAUGUACUCCCAUUAUUUUUAGUUUUUUCCUUCAAAUUGUAGACCUCAUUGAUCUGUCUGUAAGUCUUAAAGGGGGAAAUCAAACAAACUAACAUCUGUGACAGUUUCCAUAGCGACAAAGUAAUGAACUUCUAUUUGAUGCACAGAACCUACAACUGAUGUAACAAUGCCUUUUCUUUUAGUUACCUUUCACCUCUGUUGCCUGUUUUAAUGUAUUUUCCAUUUUAUAAGGGGUUGUUUUUCUUGUCAUUUUUGCGUUAUGUUUCACAGACAAUGGAAGAAUGUAGAUAGAGUCAUGUUUUUUCCUUGACAGUGAUUUCUGUGGCGUUGGUUUGAUUGUAAAAAGGCCUCUUGUACUGCUAGUCUAACUGCACUUGAAACACAUUGUACAGACAAGCUUUUUGAAGCUGCUUCUGUUUAUUAAAAAAGGCAUGUUCAAUCAUA